AAUGAAUAGAAAUUCGAAACCAAAAGUGUGUUUUUGAAACUACGAAAUUUCCAUGUAACGCAAGGAUCAGCUUUUCACGCAAGGAUCAGCAUGAUCUGUCAUCAGCAGAGAGAAAGACGCACACAUAAAGCGUGCUGUCCUUGAAAAACACACAUGAACUGGGUCUCUACUAGGCCUUUUUAUUUGCCGAUUUGCAAACUAAAACUGCUAAGUAGAAGGUUAAGAUUUGUAGCGGUACAGUGAUUUACUUUCAAACAGAUUUUUGGUGAAACUAGAUCUUUUGUGCGAUGUUGGCUCCGCAGAGGUCAACGAUGUGAGUUCAGCUACCGGAUACUGUCUACAAAUAUACGGACGACAGAUUGUAUGUACGAAACGCCAGGAGAACACAACAGCGCCAUUUUACUAUAGGAAUAAGGUAUCAAUGGCUACAGUUUAAGGAUUUAAAACAAUUCAAAGAAAGGAUUUUUUCUGGUUAACGGGAAUUGAAAACCUCGAAGCUGUUCCACGCUUAGCAAGAAGAAGUCUUCGUGAACGGGAGACUUCGGCGAAGUUAGAAACAGUCCUCCACAACAUGCUGCAUCAGCUCUAUAGCGAGGGCUCUUGCUCUCGAUACUCCCCAACACAACGGCAAAAGAAACGACCGUCCUCGUCCACCCUCAGCGAAUUGAAGCUGCCACAUCCCAGACCUAGUAUUAACCACAGAAGCUGUUCGUUUGCUGAGUCAACCAGAAAAGAGAAGAAAGUACGAGUCAAUGUUAGCGGCAAAAAAUACGAACUGUCGUUGCUGGAACUGUCAAAGUACCCGGACAGUCUGUUAUCCAACCCUCUACUCUCUGGAAAAUACUACGACAACAAGACUAAAGAGUACUUCUUUGACCGAAGUCGCGUCGUCUUUGAUUGCAUUUAUAACUUUUAUCAUUCAAAAGGUGAAAUCUCCCUCCCAAAAGAUUAUCCCGAACAAUUGUUAGCGGACGAGUUACAUUUCUUUGGGUUGUUCACGCACUUAAAAGAAAAAGAUAAAGAAAAUUUGGUGCUUCCUACUUUACUUGAGAAAGAGAUACCUUCUCCGAAGAAUAUGCUUCAGAGAAAAAUAUGGCAGAUGCUGGAGAAUCCGGAAUCCAGUCUCCACGCAACUAUCAUCUGUAUUACUACUUUGCUUGUGAUUCUACUGUCCAUUGCCGUCCUGUGUGUUGAUACUUUACUCAUACCCCCUGUCCCUCCUGGGGAGGAGAAGGCUGGUCAGACCAACAGCACUAACUGGACAGCCGGCGUUACACCAGAGCAAGAACAUCUCAAUGAUAUUCUAUUCACGAUCGAGACUUGCUGCGUCGCAUACUUCACCACAGAGCUUGUCCUGAGGUUCUUGGUCUCUCCAACUAAGCUGCUGUUUUUCCGAAGCGUUUUGAACCUGAUCGAUGUACUCGCUGUGGCACCGUAUUACGUCAUGUUGAUUAUUGAGGUGGGGUUAUCGAGCACUGGGGCCGCGGCACUUCGGAUAUUCCGCCUGUCACGAGUUUUUCGGGUGCUGAAGGUCUCACGCUAUGUGUCCGGAAUGGAAGUCCUUGCGAAGACCAUGCGCGCCGCGAUAUACGAUGUAUGGAUGGUGGUAUUUCUCACCAUGAUCGGAACCACACUGUUCGCGAGCUGUGUCUACUACUUCGAGCAAUUUGGAGAUCCUGACACGGACUUUGAGAGCAUCCCAAUGUCGAUAUGGUGGGCCAUUAUUACUAUUUCUACGGUGGGCUAUGGAGACUUGGCACCUCGAACGCUAUUGGGCCGCGUUACCGGCGCCAUGUGUGCAGUCUCAGGGGUUCUUCUUAUUGCCCCGCUACUGCCCAUCAUCUACGAGCGCUGGGAACGCUUCUAUAUGCUAGAUCAAGAAGCAAAGCUCAUUCGGACGGCCUUGAAGAAGCGACAGGACUUAGAAGGGAAGGAGAAAGGAGCACAAGGGAGAAGAGGAAGCACCAGGGAGGCCAGGGAAGGCGCCAAGGAAGAGGUGGACGCAGCUGCUGGCGGUGUUACUGCUACAGUCGUGGAUGGAGAGGGGGACGACGAAGCAUUUCUAACAAGGCAAAGGUCUUUGUCUAGCACAGUUGGCGAGUCUGGAAUUGAGGUGAUCAGCGAUGAUCCCGAGAUACAAAAAGAGAUCAAGAACGAAGAUGAUGUUGUAUGGGCACACAUUCGCGCGGCAAGUCUUAAGAGAAUGCAAAGCCAGACGUCAUUUAAACGUUUAAAAAAGGAAGGUAGCAUAAGUGAGGUGCCGGAACCGCCCCCAUCGGCCAAGGGUUCAGAAGAUUCAGAUUCAUCUGACGAAAACUACGAUAAUGAUGAUGAUGAUACUGGUGGUCAUGGUGAUAAUGAUGCUGGUGAUAAGAAGGGCAGUAAAGUAGGCUCCAGUCCUAAACCAGAUCGAGGCAGCUCGGCCGACUCUGCAGCUGCUUGAUCUAAAGAAAACACCAAGACCAGAACCUUAAUGAAUCCCAUGGAGCUUCAAAUUAUUGUCGUUGUGGAGACACGACUGAUUUCCAAGCAGUGAGGUUGACUCGCCUUUUGUCAAGUGACCCUAAAGGCCGGGAUCACUCAGAUGCAGUAUAUUGCCAUAAAUGGACGCAAAGGUCAAAACAAAAGGAUACUGAACUGUUUGGCCGGCCGGGAUAUAAGCAUCUCAGUAUGUUUGAUCACUACUGAAACCUUUGAUGAUGGUGAAGACGAAUUCUUGAUGUCGGAGAAUCGUGUAUAUAUGCGCCAGUUUUAGCGAUUUGCACGUUGAGCUAGCCCGUGCUGUAUAUUAUUAUAGUAUUGAUGAUUAUAGUUGAUGCUUUCCGAAAGAUAUAUUAAAUAGGUAGUUUUUGUAAUAGAUUCUUUUACUCUCCUUUUUUAGGAGAACGUUUGAUAUAGUCCAAAUUAAUUGUUGAGCUUUUGUCAUCCUUCGUAAAUUACAUAAAAAAAAUAAAAGAGAAAACACUAUUAAAGCUUAAAUGCUCUCCGUUGAGCAAUAUGUUCAUGUGCGCUAAAAAAGUGUACUGUGUACUACAGAAUUCUCUUAACGAUUGAAAAUGCCUGCGAAGUAAAGCAAAAAAUUGAUCAAGCAAGUUGCCAACCGGGGCUUUCAGCCGCCCCCUGAAUAGCUAGAAGCUGAUACAUGAUGUACUAGAGUGGGUAGUACCAUUACUUCAGAGGUGAUAUCUAUAAUGAUAUGAGAGGACUAGAGAAACAGUAGAAAUAAUAAAAGCAUCUUGUUGUUUGCUCUUCA